GCUCACUCGAAAAACGAGUUUCGCCGCGUGCGGAUUGUCGUCUCUGUGGCUGUCGUAAAAUAAAAAAAUUUCUGCUACUGGUAGCAGUGCUACUGCAAUUCCUUCAUCAAUUAUCUCUUUGAACAAAAUAACGCACCAUUAAACAAAUGCAAAGCAACAAAAAUUUGUGUACAAAAUUGUGUAAAAGUGUAAAAAAAAAACAUAAUAUUGUUUGUCGUAACUACAAAUAGCGGUCUAUGGUUUGUUUUGAAGCUAUGGGUAAACCCAACAUUAACCGCAACAACAUUAAAUUUGUGUUAUUUUUAAGCCCAUAAUUUAUGGAAAUUAUCAGCAAAAAAUAUAUAUAUUUAUUUGAAAUCUCUACAAAAUACAAGAGUAUUUAUUUCCCUCCCUCAAGUACGUGUAAAGUGAGUGUAAAAGUGAGUGCUCCAAUUGGUUUAUAGAACGUGCAAAGAAAACGGUUAAUACCCGAAGCAAACAACACACAAGAAAUCUAACAAAUAGAUGAAGCCUACACUAAAAUGAAGUUAAAAUUGCCCCCAAGCACAGCCUGCAUGCUAAUGGAGCUGUAAACAAAGCCCCAGACCAGCCACAGAAUAUUGACUGACCCUCUCCCCGCUCUCGUCCCCGCUGAAGCCUCUCUGAAGGACUGGAAGUAAAAGUCGAAAUUGAAAACUCUGAAGGAGAGCUCUCCACACAAAUCACGUAGUCAAGAACGGGCCAGUGCACACAUCCAUCCAGCCAUCGAGGGAGAAGACGGAGAAACAGCUGCCAGGACACACACAAAUCCCAUCGAAGGAGCCAACGGCUUGCUGCAUGCUGGCCAAGCCCCAGAUAGCACACAUCCAAUAGUUUUAGAGCUCCUGCUCCUGCAAACCCCAAUCUUCCUUGCAUCCAAAUGUAUGCCGGGCGAGCGACACAAUUUGCCAAAACCAUCAGCAGCAUGGCAUGCAGCAUACAGAAGCAGCCGCAAGCCGCAGCACAGCCCGCAGCCACAGCCAUGACGACGAUGACUACGACGACGACGACGACAGCAACCACCUCAUCCUCAUCCUCGUCGAGUGGUGCACCAGCAGCACCAGCAGCAGCGGUGGCAGUAAUAGUUCCUGAUGUCCGACGUGGAGGCGGUUCCAGUGGAGCGGGCACUGUGCCCUCCACACCGAAAUCAAGCAAGACAUCGGCCCAGCCGAGGGGCUCGCUGCCAACGGAUGUAAAUCAGCCCCCGUUGGAAUUUCAAUGGCCACCGCCGGUGCCUGUUUCGACGCACACAAGCAACUUGCGCCUGAACAUGAUGAAUCAGGAUCCAAAGGACCUGCACACAGCAAGGGCCAUCAUCGAGGAGCUGCGCUCCAAAGUGCGCUUUCAAACAGAGCACAUCAUGAAGUGGCGCAAGGCGUAUGCCAUGCAGGUGCAGCAGCACUAUCGCUAUCAGAAGGAGAAAUCCGAUCAGAUGAAUUCCCUGACCUCCCAGCUGCUGCUCUUGGAGUCCCGCCUGAAGCGAAAGCAGAAACAGAUCGCCAGCCUCCUCAACCAUCGAGAGCUGACAAUCGCACGCCAGCAGAAGGUCAUCGAUACGCUGUCCUCGCGGCUGGUGGAUCACGGAUUGGAGACGAUCGAGGCGAGCUAUGCCAACGAGUUGGACUCCCUGAACGACUCGGAUUCGGCGGUGGUGCUGGAGGACAUUGAUUCGGACAGCACCAUGACAUUGGGCACGCGACGGAGGAGCAGUGGAGGCGGUGGAGUGCUGGGAAGCGAUGGCAUCACUAUAGUCCGUUCGAUAUCUGAUGCAAUUGAAACGAAUCUGAACAAAUAUGGAGCUGCACGGAGGAACAAUUGCUUCUUGCGACGUCCUGACAUCCUGGAGACGGUUUAUUCGGUGGAAGAGGACCCCGAACCCACACCCGAUGUGGCGGAAAAGCGGGACAAAUUCAAGAAUCGGUCGGACAAGGCCUUGAGCUCCAGCUCCACCGAGGGACAAAUCGAUGGCGUCAGCCCCACGGCGGCUGCCAGCGCAGAAAAAGCCAAAGAGUCGUCGAUGAGUGUGGAUGGAGGAGGAGGCCCUGCGAUUCCGCGUCGACAGCUGGGAGCCCUGAAGCGAUCCCCCAGCCACGAUGCCCCGUGCACCACAGUGAGUGUCAAAGUGCCACAGUUACAGCCGUCGGCACAGCAGCCACAGCAGGAGCCGCUCAAUGGCAAGAAUCAGGUACUCUCCUACAAUCGUGUGAUGUUGAACCAUCGAUCGGUGACCAAGCCCAAGGACGUCAAAUACAAGCGCAUCAACAAGGCCAAGUCCAAGAGCCUCGAAGAACUGCGUGGGCGUCUAAAGAAUCUGGUGGAACGACCGCCCGGACUGGAGGGUGGCUACCCCUCGGGCAUGAUGCCACAGACGGCACAGUCGUAUGCGUGACAUUCGCCACAGCAGCCAGACGAUGGCCCCAAGAAGCCCAGGCAGCAGGAGCAGAUGGAAACCGAAGAACGUAGGGGCUCUGCCACUCCGAAAGCGGCGACGCCGUCAGAGCCGGAGGCAAGUGGUGGCAGGCAUGGCUGUCCCAAGCGUUCAAUGACCCUGCCACGGAUACUAAUGCCCCAGGCGACCAGCAGCAGUAGCGGCAGCGGGGGCAGUGGCAGUGGCAGUGGUAGUGGUGGGCGUGGCAGUUUCUAGCAAUUAAAGAAAUUUUUCAUACGCAAUUGUGAUAAAAAGUGAAACAGUUUUUCCUUCUACUAUCUCUUGUUAUUCCUCUUUUAGGGAGGAUAUUUUCUGAGAAUCUCUUAAGAGUGGAUAUGUUCCGAAUGUAUCUUUUAGUGGAUGGAUCCGUCCUUGAAGGGCAUAUCUUCUAAAUGUAUCUUUCAGUGAAUAAAUCCCUCUUUGAGGAGGCUAUACAUUGAUUGUAUCCUCCCCUUCAAGGAGGUUUAUCGUUUUAAAGAUAUACUCUAUCUUUCAGUUGCUUUUAAACACACGAUUCUCUGUUGUAACAUUUGUUUCCUUCGGAUGCCUCCGGCUAUCCUUUGCUCAGUUCUUCACAAAAACUCUGCAUUUAAUUUAGUUUUAGUUUUUAUUUGUAACAAAACGGAACUGCAUUUUUGACUUAACAUUUAUUAUGUAUAAUUUUCACACACAAAUAAAUCACACAUUUAAAUAAACAACAACAUACAUAUUCUCUGUCUAUUAUUUUCCCUGAAAACAAGAAGCGUAUGAAAAAUUUCAUCGUAUGAAGUGUAUAAGUGGAAAUGUAAGUGUUUUAUCCUAUAAGGAAGAAAAGGUGGCUAUGGUCUAUGACACAAUCUGCUUUGAGGACAAUAUUCCCCAUGAAAUAAAAUCCAAAAAGUUCAAAAGUGAAGAAAUCCCCUCAAAAGUUGAAGGAAAGUAUAAGUAGGAGCCGGCUUUAGCUUCAGUUCCAGCCAAAGGAAGGGCCGUCGCGAUUUGGGUGAAAAGUAGGCUAGCUAAAGGAUACUACAACAAAUAUACCUAUUACAUAUAGAACAUGUACUAAUUCUAGUUAGAAACGUAAGUGAAAAUGUAUUCGUGUCGAUAUUCGUAUAACUUUUGCAGAGAUCAGAUCGUAGAUGCAUAUACAGAGCAUAUUUUCAGCUUGGGAUAAAGAUACUAUAAGCUUGAAUCAGUGUGGCAGUGUCUAUAGAUACAAAUACAACCACUUUGCAGUCCCGCUUUUCAAAAUGUAGAAAUUCUCACCCCCCAAAAAUAGUUUCCCUUUCCCCCUCUUUGGAUAUCUCAGAAUUUAGUUUGUAAGCUCUACUCCAUGGACUGUCUUCUAGAUAACAGAAUUUAAAAUAUGAAUAUGAAUAUAUAUUUUCUUACUAACAAAAAACAUACUAACUAUUUUUACAUUAAUUGCUAAAUAAAAGAUAUAGCUGUAAGAAAAUUAAACACAUAUUUAAGUGUUAUUUUUGUGUUGACUUUUGGAUUAUUAUUUUUCGAUUAUUAUGAACUCUGGGGGAAACCGAACCCCCCAAGAGCAAGACGUCAGAUGUACCUUGAAAAACUCGUAAAAGUAUAAAGAACAAAUAUGCAGCAUUAAUUGUGUAGCUUCAUGCAAUGCUUUAGGUGUAAAAAACUUUAAACUCUAACAAAUGGCUGCUAUCCAACCAGAAAUCAAUUGAAAUACAGAAUUAUAGAUGUGUUAACCGACAAAACUAAAGUACAAUGCUCAGAAAAACCAGCUGUAAUACAUACAAUACAUACAUAUAUCGAAAGUUAUAUCAAAUAUACAUAAAUAAAACUCGGUGUUUCAGUGCGGAAUGUUCUUCGAAAAAUAACCAAAAUGUACCUAUAAUACAAUAAAAUACACAAACAACCUGCACAAUUGUUGCCGUUGUCGUCCCUCUCCACCUUUCAGCAGAGCUAAACAAAAACUGUUUCAAAAACGUUUCUUAAACAUCAUAUAUUGGAUAUAUACGUAAUGUCAAUGUCAAAUGUCAAUGUUGUAGGAAUAGAUAAUCAUAAUCUUAAUAAUUGUGUCAAUUUUUUAAAUUUUGUUUUUGAUUUUCCGAAGAGUUCAAUACAGCGCAAAUAUUUGCCAUACUCGAGGAUAAAGCGUGCGAUUCUAAAUGUAACAUUAAGAAUAUGUAUUAAAUAUAUAAAGUAAAAACUUUUUAGUCUAAGGAAACUAAUAGUAGUAAGAAUAUUGGUUCUACAUAUAUAUUAUAUAUCCAAAUGCCAAAAAUGAAAGUUGAAGAAAGCGGAAGACCUUCAUAGAGACGCUGAGCGUAGAAACAUAUUUUCCAUUGAAUAUAGAAAGCGGAAAUGCAUGCAUUGCGGAAAGAUACACUUGAAAUAGAUGUCUAUAUCACUAUUCUAGGAGGAAAACUAUGAUUUUCAGCAAGCAAAUCUCUGUAUAAAUAUAGGAGAAGGGAGAAAUAUUAAUUGUAUAGAUUAUUUCUAAUGUAUGCCUGAGGGAAGCAGAGAAUAAUGGUUUCCUAAAUCUCCCAAUCAUUAUAUUUUGUAUAAAAAGAAUUGAAAGAGAAAAAGAAAUGUGACUCCUACUUAAAUGAUAUCUGUAUCAUUAUAAGAUCAUUUGAAUUCGGAUCUACCCCAAAAAUUGCUGAAUACAAACUCGUUAAGCUAAACAGAGAUAGUGAGAGAGAGAGACGUUCCACCUUCCCCUCGAGAUUCAACCGAUUCUGUACAAAAACGCAGUAGCAAACCGCGGGCAAAUAAAUAGACAGACAUACAUACAGUACUCAUAUUCCUAAGUAUAUAGUGAGUAAGACAUGCAAUUUAUAAACCUAAUUGAUAUUUGGAUGUACAUAUGUAUCUUAGCGAUAAUCGUGUGUGUAUAUUAUUACCCGUACUGUGUGCGCGGUGGGAUACAGCAUCUUUUUUUCGAGCUAGCUUCAAUUUGCGGAUCAUUUAUGGCCAUUACUUUGCUCAUGUCUACAGAAAAUUUGAAUGUUAUAGUCGACACAUACUAUUUUCUACUUAUGGCUUAAUAAAAACAAAACUACAAACACA